GCAGAAAAUUUAAUUAUGCCAAAACUCUCGUGACCAUAGUCAGGUGAUUGCUGAUCGAUCUGUCAGUUGUUUUGAAGCUCCCUCUGUUAGAAAGUGUAGCGUUAAAGUAACGCUCUCUUGUAGCUGUAUAUUUACCUAUCGCUACCAAAGGAAAGCUUUCAUCAUGGGGUACUUGAAAACGUACCUCUACUAUGCACUUUAUGUCUACCUCCUGCUUCUUGCGUGCAUUGGGAUUGGCUAUGUCAUCACUGGUCAGGGAGAAAGAUUUGACUUUGGCUGGUUCCUGACCAAUAGUUCACCUUACUUUUGGGCAUCAAUUGGCAUUGGUCUGACGGUGUCCUUGUCUGUUGUUGGUGCUGCCAUGGGUAUCCAUACAACAGGUGUGAGCAUUAUUGGUGGUGGUGUCCGAGCUCCUAGGAUCAAAACCAAGAAUCUUAUCUCGGUUAUUUUUUGUGAGGCUGUGGCUAUUUAUGGUCUUAUCAUUGCCAUUAUUCUUGCUGGUAUUUUGGAGCAAUACAAUAGCCAGAUUAAAGAUCCAGGUACUAUUGAACAGAAUAUGGUGUCUGGCUAUUACAUGUUUGCAGCAAGUCUCACUGUAGGUUUCACCAAUCUUUUCUGUGGUCUCGCUGUUGGAAUAGUUGGAUCUUCUGCUGCCCUUGCAGAUGCUGCAGAUGCAUCAUUGUUUGUCCGCAUUCUCAUUGUUGAAAUUUUUGGAAGUGCCAUCGGUCUCUUCGGUUUGAUUGUUAGCAUUUUACAGAUAUCUAAAGCCAAGAUGGGAGACAAAGCAUAAACUUAUACAACUGAAUUAACUGAUCAUAAUCAGUCAAGGAACCUAAAAGAUUCUGUUGAUUAGAUUUGUGAAUCGUUCCAUCACUUACACAAUUUACUAUGGAGAGAUAAUUUUAAAACCAACAGUUACAUAUGUUCUAUUGUAUAUUUGCAUUAUUUUGGAGGAAUUGGUAAAUAUCUCCAUUUAUAGAAAAGUAAUUAUUUUUGUCAGCAGAAUAGAUGUCAUAAUUAUGCAGUACUUCAUGUUUUUAUCAAAAGACAUGUACAGUACGUACAGUAUUUGAAUUAAGCAAGCAUUGCUUAUUUAUGGAAAUGACUGACGUUUGUAUUAGAUUUAGUAUGUUAAAGUGUAUAAUAGAAAUUUAGUUACCGAAGGAUAUUCUGGUUUUGACAUUUUUUUUUUUAUAAUAGGUCCCUUCUAAGCACAAAAUAAAUGAUGGGAUUAUAUUUUUUUCACAUGCCUUUUUUUUUUUGCUAUGACAUCAUUUACAGUACUUCUGAGAUCUAUGAUAGAUGAUGUUUGAUUUUUAAGUCAGUAUCAUGGUAUGCUGUUGAAAAUGGCAGCCUUUCAUUGUGUGCCUAUUUUUUUUUGGAUGUAUACAGUUCUUUUAUGUGGCUCAUUUACAACUUCUAGAGGUCUAAUGGUAUAUGCUUGAUUUUAUUCUAGCAGGAAGGUCAUAUGUAAUUACCUUACUUCAUUUCUGAUUUUUCAUUUUUAUUUUCUGUAAGGUGUCAAGUAUAACUAAAAGUGUUGUGAUGAAUAUUCAGUAAGAGAAUACUUGUUGUGUACAGUAAUUUAUUGCGCUGAAAUUUAGUUUGUGUUUUGUAUCAAUUGAUCUUUAGAAUACAUUCCAAGUCUUGUGAAUGAUGCAUGAAGUACUUUUUGUACAUUGUAAAUACAUAUAUCUAUUGCUUUUGUGUUAGGUCUGUAAACCCCAACUUAUUUUGGGUAAUUUAAUGUGAAUAUGAAAUUAAUAAAUAACUGGAUUAUU